CCCCCUCCGCCCCGGGGCCACAAAACUCGCCUUCCCCGGACCAGACGAGAGGAGAGGCGCAGGGAGGCGCGGACGGGAGCCGCCCUCCGGACACCUCCGGACAUGGGCCGCCCGCCGCCCGCGCUGCUGCUGCUGCUGUGGCUGCACACCUGCCUUCCAGCCUCCCAGGGCCUGCGGUGCGUGCGGUGCGAGCGCACCGGGGCCUGCGGCGUGGAGGAGUGCGUGCCGGGCCAGGCUCUCUGCCGGACCACGGCGCUGCACGUGUGGGAAGGAGGGGAGGAGCUGAAGGUGGUGGAGAGAGGCUGUGCCCACCCAGAGAAGACCAACAGGACCAUGAGCUACCGAACCGGCCCACAGAUCAUCACGCUCACGGAGACCGUGUGUGCGUCAGACCUGUGCAACAAGCCCACACCUGGCCAGGCUGCCCCCUUCCCCCGAAGCCGCUACCUGGAAUGUGCUUCCUGCGCCUCCUCGGACAUGAGCUGUGAGAGGAGGCGGGAGCAGAGCCUGCAGUGCCGGCACCCGGGAGACCAGUGUCUGGAGGUGGUGAGCCACCGGAGCCAGGAAGGGAGCCUGCGGGAUGAACGCCACUCCCGCGGCUGUGGCCACCUGCCUGGCUGCCCGGGGCCCACGGGCUUCCACAACAACCACACCUUCCACUUCCUGCUAUGCUGCAACACCUCCAACUGCAACAAGGGCCCAGUGCGGGAGCUGCACAACCUGCCGCCCAACGGCCUCCAGUGCUACAGCUGCGAGGGCAACAGCACCCACGGGUGCUCCUCGGACGAGACGACCCUCACCGACUGCCGGGGGCCCAUGAACCAGUGCCUGGAGGCCACUGGCACCGACGGGCUGGGGAACCGGAGCUACACGGUCCGCGGCUGCGCCACCGCCUCCUGGUGCCAAAGCCUGCACGUGGCCGAGGCGUUCAGCCUGACCCACCUCAGUGUCACCUGCUGUGCAGGCCACGGCUGCAACGGCCCCGCCUCGGACGCCGAGCACCGCCGGGCGGGCGCCCCCCGGCCCGGCCCGGCCCCGCUCGGCCUCCUCCUCACCGCGCUGGCCACCUCCAGACUGUGGGGAGUCACUCUCCUCUGGACCUGAGCCCCCGCCUCCACCCCGGGCUGGAUCCGGGGGGACCCCUCUCGUCCGUCCCUGGACCCGCGUCUCCCCAGCUGCGGAGCCACGGGCGGGGACCCCUGGCUGAUGAGUAUUGUUGUCGCUAGUGCUGUUUUUAUUCAUUAAUAUUCACGAUAUUUAUUUUAUACUUAAAUAAAGACUUUUGUACCGUA